AUGGCCGUGGCUGUCUUUCACAAUUAUUACGAAACGAUGCUUGUCACUCCGUUAGAGUUCGCAGUUUGUGUUGAAGACAGAUAUCUUUCUACCAUUAUUACCAGGGUUUUGUUAUCUCACGGCGCUGACCCGAAUUUCUGUGGACAGGGAAAAUGCCCAUUGACAGAUGUCGCUUUUGCCGGGGCUACAACGGUCGAUGAUUUUUUUCUGGAAGCCGAUACAGGCAUUGGGCAAAGAAUCAAUGGCAACAGCCUCCGCAAUGCAACGAUACUCGGGAUAGCUGUCGCCGAGGGUAAUCUAGAAGCUGCUAGAUUAUUAGUCCUGGAAGGGGCAGAUACAAAUGCAUAUGAGCAAACAAAGCUGUACGGACAUGCAUGUCAAAUCACUGCGCUGGGCCUCGCCGCGGGUAGAGGAGAUAUUCCGAUCAUGAACCUACUUCUUGAUGCAGGUGCACGGGUCAAUCCGGACACUAGUUCAGAAAAUUGUGGUCCUCCUCUAGUAGUGGCCGUUUAUAGCUCUACGUUUGGAGCCAUGCACCUUGAAGAGAAACGAGCUGAGGUUGUCCGGCUUUUACUUGAUUCAGGAGCAGGAAUCCAUGCUGACAGUAGUCCAUUCUUGGCUUGCCAUGAAAAUUUAAGAAAGUGCUUGAUGACAAGACUUCUAUCGUUCAAUGACCUGGACUCAUUUCGCCUCUUGUUAGAUGCUGGAUGUGAAGCAAGUUCGGAUCAGAUGGAAGAAUUCAACUCCGCUUCGUUGCUCCGAUACGUCGAGCAGAAGGAAGACAGCUUUGUAUAUCAGCGUUUGAUUUUCGAUGCACGGAGAAAAGAAGAUGCAGGUGGGCGUGCAUUGAAAUCGGCUAUCGAGCUUGGUCACCACGGUAUCAUGUACUUUCUCCAGAAAGCCGGCGUUACAAGCUUGACACGACACCCGGUAGAUUUCAUACCGACCAUCAAAGUUGCACGGUUUCUGGAAGAAAAGCGGGUUCUCAAAGAGAUUCUUGCAAUUAGUGGACAGAGGAUUCUUGUUGCCGCCAUUCUAUAUACGAAGGAUUUGGUCUCAUUUUUGUUGGAGAAUGGGGCAGACAAGUCACCGGAUGAUGAUUAUUUGACUACCCGGUCUUCAAAGGUACUUUGCAUGCAUCCUUUGGAAGCGGCACUGUGUCAAAGCGACUGGAAAUUAUCAGGAGAUCUGAUCGACCGUGGGGCCCAGAUCGGCGAGCCUGAGAUAACCGCAAUGGUCUGGAGCCUGCUAAAUAACAAAGUCGAGCCCCACUCGUGGUUUUGGAGUAUGCUGCCAUCGCAUCGCAUCUCGGCUCCUACGGCUAUAGGCAUGGCCUUGAAGGCCAAAAACUAUUCACUCGUUUAUUCUCUCUUGAAUAAUGGAGUUGAUCCACGUGGAACUCCGGUCGUUUUCAAUUAUACGAAGUGGAAAUCAGUAUUUGGUCCUAUUAUCCUGGAUGAUCAAAAUCAUAGCGACAUGGCAGGCUGGUGGAACUUCAAAUUGAUUUCAAAAGAUGGCCCUAGCUCCGUUCUUGAGAUGGCUGAAGCUUCCGGUGAUAGUUCCAUUAUUCGGGCCUUGCUGGAAUCAGGACGGUGGGCAGAGUAUGCCAGGAAUCCCAGGAUACAUGCUUUGGAACUCGGUAUAAAGAAGACUUCCGUGGCGAACACUCAAGUUGUUGUCUCUGGCGCGUCUUCCUUGCAACGCGCCAUUCAAUCCGGGAGUAUAGAGACGGUACGAGCGGCUCUAGAGACCGAUAGAGAAGCAGUAGCAGCUGUUCUUGAUGAUGCUGUCAGUACGGAAAACUUUGAUGCCAUGAACAUCUUGAUUCAAGCUGGCUUGGACCUCAAGAAACACACUUCGGAAUCUGCACAACUGCAACAAAAAUCCACCAUUUUACAGAAAGCGGUAAUUACAGGGAAUCUUGCUCUCGUGAAGAUGCUACUUGCAGCCGGUGCAAACAUCAAUGGUCGAGGAGUCACAGGGUAUGGCAUGGAUGCCUUGCGACUUGCCGUUGAGCAGGGAAAUAUUGAGAUCCUCGGCUUCCUUCUCGAGCAAGGUGCAGAGGUCAACCAGCAAGUUGGUCACCUCGCCGGACCCACUGCUCUGCAUAUUGCUGCGAGCGCAGGUUACAUCGGGAUUGUCCGCAGAUUAAUUGACCAUGGCGCCGAUAUUAACGAUUCGCGUGGAGUGACGGCUUUGGAAGGUGCCGCUAAGUAUGGACAUAUCGAUAUCCUGCAGCUCCUUUUUAAUGAAGGGGCUGAGAUAAAAGGGGCCGGGCUGGUGCCGUACACCAGAGCUAUCAAGCUUGCUGAAGAAAGAGGCUUUUAUUCGGCCGCCAGACUUUUGAGGUCAUUCUUGGACUAA